CCCGAGCUCAGCACCGCGUGAAGUUUGCGCCGCAUACGCUGCGUCAGAGAAGAACAGCUGAUACAUGCACGGACGUUUCUCAGCAAGACCACCGACGAGAGACAACGGACCACCGUCUCCGAGACUCCCUGACAUUAAGAUUCGAGACUAUCAUUCCACUGACAACUAGUAACUGAUCAAACAUGGGCAAAGAAUUCAGAGGUACAAUUGCAGAUGAACCUGACUUUGAUGCAGGCAGUGAUGCAGAGGCCCUGUAUAAUGCCAUGAAAGGCUUUGGAAGUGACAAGGAGGCCAUCUUAGACCUGAUUACCUCACGAAGCAAUGCUCAGAGGCAGGAGAUCCGUGCCGCCUACAAAUCACAGUAUGGGAAGGAUUUAAUCGACGAUCUGAAAUACGAGCUUACAGGCAAGUUUGAACGUCUGAUUGUGGGUUUGAUGAGACCUCCAGCCUAUCAUGAUGCCAAAGAAAUCAAGGAUGCCAUUAAGGGAGCGGGAACAGAUGAGAAAUGUUUGAUUGAAAUUCUCGCUUCAAGAACCAAUGAGCAGAUUCAUAAUUUGGUGGCAGCAUACAAAGAUGCAUAUGGGAGAGACCUUGAAGAGGAUGUUAUAGGGGACACAUCUGGGCAUUUUAAGAAGAUGCUGGUUGUUUUGCUUCAGGGGACCAGAGAGGAAGAUGAUGUUGUUAGUGAAGACCUUGUGGAGGAAGAUGCUCAAGACCUGUAUGACGCAGGAGAGGCACAGUGGGGCACAGACGAGGCCAAAUUCAUCAUGCUGCUGGGAAACCGGAGUGUGACCCAUUUGCAGUUGGUAUUUGAUGAAUACCAGAAAAUUGCUGAGAAGUCUAUUGAGGACAGUAUUAAGAGCGAGCUCUCCGGGGACUUUGAAAGACUGAUGUUGGCUGUCGUUCAGUGCAUCAGGAGUAGGCCCAUGUUCUUCGCCAAACGCCUUUACAAAUCCAUGAAGGGACUGGGCACGGCUGAUAACACUCUGAUCCGCAUCAUGGUCUGCCGCUCUGAGAUUGAUAUGCUGGACAUCAGAGAGUGCUUCAGACUGCGCUAUGAGAAAUCUCUGUACAGCAUGAUUCAGGAUGACACUUCCGGAGAUUACAAGCGCACCCUGUUGAAACUGUGUGGAGGAGAUGAUGAUAUUGCAGGGGAGUUCUUCCCAGAGGCUGCACAGAUUGCCUACAAGAUGUGGGAAAUCAGCGCCAUGACCAGAGUUCAGUUAAGAGGAACUGUGCAUCAGUAUCAAAAUUUCGACCCUGCGAGUGAUGCUCAAGCCCUGAGAAAAGCAAUGAAGGGAUUUGGAACUGAUGAAGAUACAAUUAUUGACAUUGUGGCACAAAGAAGCAAUGCACAGAGACAGGAGAUCAGACAGACUUUUAAAUCUCUUUUUGGGAAGGAUCUCAUGGCUGACUUAAAAUCAGAACUGUCCAAAAACCUCCAAAGACUCAUCCUCGGUCUCAUGAUGACUCCAGCAGAGUUUGACGCUAAGAUGAUGAAGAAAGCCAUGGAGGGGACUGAUGAACAUGCAUUGAUUGAAAUCUUGGCCACUAGGAGCAACCAAGAGAUUCAGGAUUUGUGUUCUGCCUAUCAGAAUGGCUAUAAAAAAAGUUUGGAGGACGCCAUCGCAUCAGAUACGUCUGGGCAUUUCAAACGGAUCUUGAUAUCUUUGGCACAGGGAGCCCGUGAGGAGGACCCAGCGGACAUGGCCAGGGCCUUGGAAGAUGCCCAAGAACUGGCAGAUGCAUGCAAUGCAGAUUCUGGUGACAUGGAAGACAAGUUCAUGAGUAUUCUGUGCACAAGGAGUUUUCCGCACCUGAGGAGAGUGUUCCAGGAAUUUGUGAGGUGCAGCAACAGAGAUAUUGAACAGAUUAUAAAGAAGGAGAUGUCAGGAGACGUAAAAAAUGCCAUGUUUGCUAUUGUGCGGAGUGUGAAGAAUCAGCCAUCUUACUUUGCUGACCGAUUGUACAAAGCCAUGAAGGGCCUGGGAACAGACGACAGGGCUCUCAUCCGUAUCAUGGUGUCCCGAUCCGAGAUUGACCUCUUCAACAUCCGCAAAGAAUUCAAGGAGACUCAUGACGCUUCUCUGCAUGAAUUCAUCCAGGUAGAGACGCUCGUUGGUGACACAUCAGGAGACUAUCGUAAAACCCUUUUGAUUCUCUGUGGAGGUGAGGACUAGAACAUUGCCCGUCGUCUGGGAUGUGUCACACAGCAUAUUCAUGCCAAGUAACCAGUACACUGUGUUCCCAUUCGUUGUUUGAGAGAUGCUAUCCAACUUCCAGUCUUUAUG